AUGAAAGGGCGAGCCAGAAAAAUAUUCAUUGAUGCUGAUCAUGGAGGAUUUCCAAAUAAGGAGGCCACGGGCGAGCUGGCCAAUGGGAGAGGCAGUGCGCAACGGAGAUCCCAACACAACGGCAAGACAGUGCCAUACCAGGUCGUCAUUGCCAGGCUCGCCAGGGAACAAUGGACGUUUGUCAACCUAUCAGCCAUCUGGGAGACUUGGACAGACUUUGUGUAUGCGACGGUCACGUUGUAG